AUAAGAACUCGUUUUCGUGGUAGACCUUUCUCUCUCUCUCUCUUCCUCUGAACCAUCCAAGAAACGUCCUUGGCCCUUCCUCCCUUCUCAUCCCCCUUUGUUUUACAAGUCUCUGUUUUUCCCUCAAUCACUCACAGUUCAAUUCCAUCACCACAUCCCAACCCCAACUCCUUGUUUCAUCCUCUUCUUCUUCUUAACCUCCUCCCCGAGGACCACGGCUCGAGCAAGCUUUCGGGCUUCGGUAAAGUGUAGGUGUGGUUAGUGCUGAAGUUACUUGACAAAUCUCUCCGGUUGCCUGUAUGUCUCAUUUCAAGCUCGGUGUUGAGGUCGUGGGUGCUCACGACCUUCUUGCCAAAGAUGGGCAGGGGGCAUCAAAUGCUUUCGUGGAAAUCCACUUCGACAACCAAAAGUUCCGAACCACGACAAAGGAAAAAGACGUGAACCCUGUUUGGAACGAGAGCUUCUACUUCAAUAUCUCCGAUCCUCAUAAACUUUCGGAGCUCACCCUUGAUGCCCAUGUCUACCACCAUACUAAGUCCAACAACAAGAAGACAUGUAUCGGAAAGGUUUCCCUAACUGGGACAUCUUUUGUUCCCUUCUCGGACGCUGUUCUUCUCCAUUACCCUUUGGAAAAACCUGCCAUUUGGUCGCGAGCGAGAGGAGAGCUUGGUUUGAAAGUCUUUGUGACAAACGAUCCUCAUAUAAGGACCUCGAACCCGCUUCCCGCAAUGGACUCGAACAUGCCGGCUGAUCAACAAGCUCAAGCUUCACUCGAGCAAACUCUGGACUCGAUGUCGGAUGCUUUUUCUGGUGACAAGUCGGGAUUGAGGCAGAGGCGCACGUUCCAUCACCUCCCUAACCCAGACUCGCAGCAGCGUCAGGCUGUUCCUCCUCAAAUGACAGUUCCUCCUCAAAUGGCAGGCCCGCCAAAGACGAACUAUGGGGCUUACGAGAUGAGAGGUGGCCCUCAGGGCCCGAGAGUUCUUUAUUCAGGCCCCUCAAUGCAGCCUGCAGAUUAUGCCUUGAAGGAAACAAGCCCAUAUCUCGGAGGAGGCCAAAUUGUAGGAGGGCGGGUCAUACCAGGUGAUAGGCCCACAAGCACAUACGAUCUCGUCGAGAAGAUGCAAUACCUGUUUGUUCGGGUUGUGAAGGCCCGUGAUCUCCCUAGUAAGGAUGUCACAGGGAGCCUCGACCCGUAUGUGGAAGUUAAGAUUGGGAAUUACAAGGGAAGGACCAAGUACUUUGAGAAGAAUAAGAACCCCGAGUGGAAUGAGGUGUUUGCCUUUGCAAAAGACAGGAUGCAGGCGUCAGAGCUGGAGGUGGUGCUUCGGGACAAGGACCUCGUACUCGACGAGUUUGUUGGGCGUGUCCGUUUUGAUCUCCACGAGGUUCCCACACGCGUCCCACCUGAUAGUCCACUGGCUCCAGAAUGGUAUCGGCUUGAAGACAAAAAUAGGGACAAGAAAAAAGGAGGAGAGCUCAUGCUCGCAGUCUGGAUUGGGACCCAGGCCGAUGAAGCAUUUCCUGAUGCUUGGCAUUCUGAUGCUGCCGUGACAGAUGAUGUGCCUCCCUCUAGUCAGACACAUAUUCGAUCAAAAGUUUACCACUCGCCAAGGUUAUGGUAUUUGCGGGUCAAUGUGAUUGAGGCUCAGGACUUGGUCUCGUCGGACAAGAAUCGGUUCCCUGAUGCGUACGUGAAGGUGCAAAUCGGAAACCAGGUGUUCCGGACGAAAACUGUGCAGGCCCGCAACAUGAAUCCAAUGUGGAAUGAAGAGAUGAUGUUUGUUGCAGCUGAUCCAUUCGAGGACCACCUGAUCCUCUCGGUAGAAGACCGUGCUGGCCCCAACAAGGAUGAAACUAUUGGUAAAGUCAUCAUACCUCUGAGCACAGUUGAUAAGCGGGUUGAUGAUAAGAUCCUCAGAGGCCGGUGGUACAACAUGGAGAAGUCAACUGCUGCUGCCAUGGAUGGGGAGAAAUUGAAGAAGGAUAAAUUUUUCAGUCGGCUUCACCUCAGAGUUUGCCUUGAAGGAGGGUAUCAUGUCCUUGAUGAGUCAACUUACUAUAGCAGUGAUCUCCGCCCCACCGCUAGGCAGUUGUGGAAGCCCUCCAUUGGCGUGCUCGAGCUUGGGAUUCUCAAUGCCGAUGGACUCCAUCCUAUGAAAACAAGAGAUGGGAAGGGCACGUCGGAUACUUACUGCGUUGCAAAGUACGGCCACAAAUGGGUUCGCACUCGGACGAUCAUCAACAGCCUGAGUCCCAAGUACAAUGAGCAGUAUACAUGGGAGGUCUAUGACCCCGCCACUGUCCUUACUGUGGGAGUCUUUGACAAUGGACUAAUUGGUGGGUCUAACGGGAGCAGGGAUGCAAAGAUCGGGAAGGUUCGAAUCCGGAUAUCCACCCUCGAAACAGGCCGAGUCUACACUCACUCUUACCCGUUAUUAGUCCUCCAUCCAUCAGGAGUCAAGAAGAUGGGCGAGUUACACUUGGCGAUACGAUUCUCAUGUACAUCUAUGCUAAAUAUGAUGUACCUCUAUGCUAGGCCACUCCUGCCAAAGAUGCAUUACGUUCGGCCGCUAACUGUGAUACAGCAGGACUCAUUGCGCCACCACGCUGUCAGCAUAGUGGCAGCACGCCUCACACGAGCUGAGCCACCACUCAAGAAGGAGGUAAUUGAGUACAUGUCUGAUGUGCACUCGCACCUGUGGAGCAUGAGGCGGAGCAAGGCAAACUUCUUCCGGCUUAUGUCGGUCUUCUCAGGAUUAUUAGCGAUGAAUAAGUGGUUUGGGGAGGUCUGCAUGUGGAAGAACCCAGUCACGACGGUCCUCGUACAUGUUCUCUUUGCCAUGCUUAUUUACUUCCCAGAGUUGAUUUUACCCACUGCUUUCCUCUACAUGUUCGUGAUUGGGAUUUGGAACUAUUACUACCGACCACGGUACCCUCCCCACAUGAACACGAGGCUCUCUUAUGCGGAGGCUGUUCAUCCUGAUGAGCUUGAUGAGGAGUUUGACACUUUCCCAACCACUCGGAGCCCUGAGAUUGUCAGGAUGAGGUAUGACAGGUUAAGGAGCGUAGCGGGGAGGAUACAGUCGGUGGUGGGUGAUGUGGCAAGCCAGGGGGAGCGAAUCCAGGCGCUGCUUAGCUGGCGGGACACCCGGGCCUCAUUCAUAUUUUUGAUCUUUUGUCUUGUGGCUGCAAUUGUGCUUUACAUCACACCUUUCCAGCUCCUGGCACUCGUGGCUGGGGUUUACACGAUGAGGCACCCAAGGUUCAGGAGAAAGAUGCCCUCAGUUCCGUUUAACUUCUUCCGCCGGCUGCCUGCUAGGACAGACAGUAUGCUGUAAAUUAACCGGCCAUGCCCAAAAAUUUUCUCAUCCAUGGGUUCGAAUCUCUUUCAUGUAAUUUUUCCGGAUUGAUUGUGUGUUGGUCUUUGGCUGGAAUGUGAAAACAGAGAACCUCUCCUCUGUAUGAACUACUUGGUGUCUGACAAAAUUAUGUAUAUAGGCUUAUUUUGGCACAA